AUGGAGACGUAUGAAUUGCCAAAAAAUCUUCAAGAGCAAUUGAAAAAUGCAUUAAAUGAUGUAGAAAAAUCACCAGAAAUAUUAGAACGUCAAGAAAUCAGAGAAUAUUUUCAAGAAUAUCGUCAAAAAAUUGAUGAUCAACUUAUCUAUUUUAACGAUUUUGAUGAAAAAGCUUUGAAAAUUGAUGAUCUUAAUCAAAUAAUCAAUUUGGAAUUUGAGAUUCUUUUUAGCUUCGCUACCUUAAAAACUGGAAUUUUUUUACUGGUCAAGAAACUGAAAAAUAUUGACUUAGAAAAUACUUGUCCAAAUGAAAUUAAUUUAACAUUUGGAAAAAUUGAUAAAUAUUUACCUGAAUGGAUUAAUUGUUGUACUAAAAUUACUAACAAAUUUAAGGAUAUUAAUGAUUUUAUUAGUAAGAUUGAAGAUAGUCACUUUUUCUUUGCGAUCCAAGAAGAAAUAUUAACUAAAGUCAAUAAAACAAAAACAAACUUACAUCAUAUGUCUGAAAAAAUUGAUAAAAACAAGAAGAAAUUUUUUCCUAAAAAUAUUAAAGAAGUGCAAGAUGAAAUCUAUUUAAACUUUUUUCAAAUCAUCGGGUUAAAAUUAGUAUAUGAUUUGGCUACUAAAUUAGAAUAUACAACAAAGUUUUGGGAAAAGUUUUUGGAUGAAUUGCGAUUAAAUGAAAAAUUAUUGAAAAAUUUUGAACAAAGUGAAUUAUAUGUCAAAGAAUAUUGUCUUGAUUAUGUCGUAGAAAAUUUGACGGAAAUAGGAUGUUCAGUUAAUAAUUUUUGCAAACAAAUUAUUGAUGAAAGGAAU